UGUUCAUGGAAAGCAAUCCAAACUGCCGUCCACAGGUAAUAGAAUGCAGCCAGAGAUCAAAAACAUUAAACCGUGUUUAUCCUGUGGAAAGUUACAUCUACGAAGCACUUGCCGUUUUCGGAGUGCUAAGUGUCACAAAUGUGGUAAAGUUGGACACAUCAAGACUGUGUGCAGAAGUUCGAAUACAUAUGUUACUGAGAAUCCUGAUAAUUCUUCCAAUUUAUCUGGUAAAAUGCAGUCGAUGUCUCUUUCAACUUUUCCCAAUACUCAAUCUCAUCUAAUGAGAACCUUCACUACAAGUUCAGGCAAGUCCCAUUGUUUUAUAAUUGAUACUGGGAGUACUGAAUCUAUAAUUUCUAAGAAAGAUUUACAAUCGAUUUGUAAGAAUGUCCAGAUAGAUCCUACUACUAGUUCAAUUACAGGCAUAACUGGUCAUAAAUUACCUCUUAUCGGGGCUACUAACAUUUCUUUGAAAUCAGACAGUGGUAAUUUUGUAAAUAUUCCCUUUCUUGUUAGUGAAUAUGGUCCAUCUUUAUUGGGAUUAAAAGCCCUUAGAUUGUUAAAUGUCGAAAUUUCACUUUGUACUGAGUUGUUUGAUGAAUCUUUGUUCAGGGAAUUACUUCUCCAAU